UUGUUUAGCUCCUCCAAAUAUUCUUACACCAGAGGUUUAGCAAUCUCAAUCUCUUUCUAUAUAUUUAUAUAUCGUAUCUCUCUAACGCAUAUCAGCUACAAAUUUCAUUUCUUUGAAUUUAUAAAAGGGAAGAAUAAACCAAGAAAGAUAAAGAAGAAAUGGAGAACAUACAAUAGCGUUUCUUUUUUAUAUAUAGAAGCCAUGGCCACCACCUUCUUCUUCCAAUUCUAGCAUUUCUUUUCAUAGAUCUUUGUUUAUCACAUUUUCCUAUCUGGGUACCGUUCAAAAUGGAAUAUUGGGUUGCGUCCUGAUUGAUGCAGGAAGGAUCCGAUGAUCCUAGAUUGGAUUUGACAAACACCCACUUUGCCUUUGAUCGGGUUCUGUCUGAAUUCUCGUCUAAGAUAGGAUGGAAUCGGAUCUCGGUAAGCUCUUCAUUGGUGGUAUUUCUUGGGACACAGAUGAGGAACGUCUUAGGGAAUAUUUUGGAAACUAUGGAGAGGUGGUGGAGGCUGUGAUCAUGAGAGAUCGCACCACAGGCCGUGCCCGUGGCUUUGGUUUUGUGGUCUUUGCGGACCCUGCUGUCGCAGAGAGGGUCAUUAUCGAGAAGCAUAUGAUUGAUGGCCGUAUGGUUGAAGCUAAGAAGGCUGUUCCUAGGGAUGAUCAACACAUCUUAAAUAGAAACACGAGCAGCAUUCAUAGUUCUGCUGGUCCUGGACGAACAAAAAAGAUUUUUGUCGGAGGGUUAGCAUCCACUGUCACAGAGAGUGACUUUAAGAACUACUUUGAUCAGUUUGGUACAAUCACUGAUGUUGUUGUGAUGUAUGAUCACCACACCCAGCGGCCAAGAGGCUUUGGUUUCAUAACUUAUGAUUCAGAGGAUGCAGUAGAUAGAGUCCUGCAUAAAACUUUUCAUGAACUCAAUGGCAAGAUGGUUGAGGUCAAGAGGGCAGUACCAAAAGAGCUGUCGCCGGGGCCCAGCCGAAGUCCUCUGAUGGGAUAUAACUAUGGUUUGAGUAGGACCAACAACUUUCUUAAUGCUUAUGCUCAGGGAUACAAUUUGAGCUCAGUUGAAGGUUUUGGCAUUAGGAUGGAUGGUAGAUUUAAUCCUCUUACUGGUGGUCGAAGUGGGUUUCCUACAUUUGGUACUAAUGCUUUUGGAAUGGGUUUGAACUUGGACCCAAGUCUGAGUCCAAGCUACGGAGGGAGUUCAAGCUUUAACGAUAGUAUUGGAUAUGGGCGUCUUUUGAAUCCCUACUACAAUGGAAACCAAAGCAGGUAUACUACUCCUAUUGGGUAUAGUGGGGGAAAUACAAGAAACAAUUCUUUUUCGAGCUCAACUGCACGAAGUGUCUGGGGAAAUGGGGGCCUAAACAAUACCACAAAUCCUGCCAGUCCAGGUGCCUACCUGGGUUCUGGAAGUGGGAAUUUUGGUGUAUCAUUUGGAAAUAACGGAUCUAAUUGGGGCCCUUCUGUUAUAGCUCAAGGAGGACGCUCGGCUUCUGGCUAUGCUAGUGGGAGUAUGAUUUAUGGAAGUGGUGACAACAACUCUGGGUUGGGAGGAGGUUAUCUAAGAAACAGCACAAGUGUAGCCCCACCAUCAUCAUUUGUUACAUCAACAGGUGGUUAUGAGGGAUCUUAUGGUGGCUUGUAUCGUGGUGGCACAGUUUAUGGCGAUUCAACUUGGCGGUCUACAACUCCUGAACUUGAUGGAUCUGGCUCUUUCCGGUAUGGACUUGGAGAAAUAGCUCCGGAUGUUACAGACAAGAAUUCUGAUGAUUAUGUUGGAACUUACAGCGUUACAAGUAGACAAUCAAAUAGAGGAAUUGCUGCCUAGGAGAUCUGUUACUUGGAUAUCACUUGGUAGCUGUAGGUGAAGGAAAUCUGGUAACAGAUAAGAAUUGUGAAUGCCACGUCUCCCUCUCAAUUACAUGCAGCUUACGAGGAAAUUGAUCACAUAUACUAACAAGGGUUGUUGGUUUGAAGCACACUCAUCUGGAGAAAACACAUUUACAGUGGAUUUUACAUUAAAGGUUUGAUGUUCUAUUUUUUUUCAAAGGGUAAGAUAAAGAAGGGAAGAAAAACGAAACGAAAGAUUAUGUUUGUCCUAUGGCAUUUGAGUGAGGUGUAAAAUCUGAUUGCGGGGUAUAAACAGUACCAAGGAAGAUUAGUUUAAUGUAUUGUGCAUCUCGGGUGAGGCAAGCCAGCAGUAGAACUUCAUAAAUUAGAGUACACUAAGUUUUCUCUUUUGAUUUGUUUAAUUGUCGUAUGCCUCUGGAGAAGUUGCUGCUGAGUGCUGGUUCUUGACCUUAUAUUUUACUUUCCAUUUUUCUGGGAUUUCAUUCCUAUCUCAGAUUGUACGUUGAGAUUCUGUUUUGAGUUACCGGUGUGAAACAUUUAAGGGAUGCUCAUCUACGAUCCCCCCUAAAUAAGAUACUGAAUAUUUAAACUGAUUUUUA